AGGAUGGUCACACAGGAGGACCUCUGAAGACCCUUCUGAUGAGCUCAGAAUAUCAGGAUCUUUGUUUGGAUUAUCAGAAGGCCUACUAUUUAAAAGGACUCCACACAGCCAGUUUGGGGUGACAAGAUCUCGUAUGAUUGUACAUCAAUAUAAGCGGUCAAUCCUACAGAAGUAUGAGAGUGAGUGGAGCUCACUGUCUGGUGAACGAGAGUCAUUGUCUGCCAGUGAUUUCCCAUUCGGGAAAAGGAAAAUGGCAGAUUUAAGAACAUCAGUGUGGACAAAUUGUUGAUGUCAUAUGGUACAAUGACAUCAAAUGUCAUUCUCCAAGGUGACUCUGGCAGUGGCAAAUCCAUCAUAGUACAGAAGAUCAUGUUGAACUGGGCAUCUGAAGCUUCUAAAAAUUUGUAUGUGGUUUUCAAUCUGAGAUGUGAGGAGCUGAUGUGUGUUUCUGAGGAGAUUAAUUUAACUGAGCUCUUGAGCUACAGCUGUAGUUUAACAUCAGAUCAGAUCUCGCAGAUGUUACAGCAGUCACCAGAGAAGAUGCUUUUCAUCAUUGAUGGAUUUGAUGAGCUGAGACUCACACAGGACAUUUAUGACAUGUCAGAAGCACACACUCAUCCGCUUCAAAAAGCCCCACCUAAGGUCAUUCUAUGUUCCCUGUUGAGGAGAUACCUCAUCCCUAAAUCCAACCUGCUGGUCACCACCAGAACUAACAACACAGUGAACAAGCUGCUGAAAGGACAAAAUUGUUUCACUGAAAUCAUGGGUUUCUCUGAGAAGAAGGUGGAGACAUACUUCCAGAUGUUCUUCAGCAAAGAGUAUGCCCGUGUGAGAGCAAAUGAAACCCUCCUCACUGCCUGUUCCAGUCCUGUUAUCCGCUGGAUAAUUAGUGAGAUGUUCAAGGUUGGUGCAGAUGUAACAAGUGAACUGCAAACCACCACCUCCAUCUACGCUGACUUUGUGUCCACUCUAGUGGAGCAUCACUGCCAGGGUUUGAGUCAGUCUGUGCCGAACCUGCUGAGGAGUCUGGGUCAGCUGGCAGAGAGAGGGAUGCUGGAACAACAAGUGCUGUUUGAUGAGAAAACUGUAAAUGAAUCCAUUUCAGAACCUGCUGGCAGUCCAUUCCUGUGCAACUUCCUCUCUAAGAGAAGAAUCCAUCAGGAGACCAUGUUUAGUUUCAUGUAUCAUAGCUUUCAGGAGUUCUUCACUGCUCUGUACUAUGUUCUUCUGGAUGAAGAAGAGUCUCAGAGGAAAGUGAGGGAGCUGCUUCACACUGUAGAGAGAGGAUGGGCUUUGUCCUUUUGGCCUCAGAGAGAUUUUUCAACAGCAGAUGUAGAAGUAAGACAGUCAAAGCUGCUGCAGCCUGUGAUUCUGUUCCUCUGUGGUCUCUGUAAAAAAGAAUGGAUCCCAUCAUUUUUUGAAAAGCACAACAUGGCCCUUUCUAUCAGCAUAGAAACCCAGCUUAAGGAAUGGAUCAAUCAGUGUUCACAGAGAUCUCAAAGUGAACACAUGCUGCUCAUCCUCCAUUGUCUCUAUGAGCUUCAUGAGAAAAGCUUCAUUAGGAAAGUGUUAGAAAAUUUGAUUUUGAUAGAUCUGUCUAAUACUCCACUGAAAAGGACAGAUUGUUGGGUGUUGAAGUGCUGUUUACAGUGCUGUGAACACAUCAGAAACCUGAAACUCCAUGUAACAUCUGAUAAUCUGAAGAUGCUCCAGCCUGAACUGUACCACUGUAAAGAGCUGUGGUUGAUAAUGGAUCACAUUUCAGAUGAUGUUGUUGGUUUGGUCUCAGCUGCUGCUGAAGGAAAGAAUCUGAAUAAACUCAAUAUAAAGAAGCUUGAAAACUAUGGAAAACUAAGUGGAUUCCACCCAGAGAUCACUGUGUCAGUCAGAGAUGGAGACAUCAAGUUGUCUUUUUGCACAUCAGAGUUCACAUCAACAGUCGCGGAAUUAACUCUAACCUCUCCUCGCUCAUUUAUUUCCACCAUCAACUGGGUGAAAUCACAGAACAAGCAGCCGUUGUUCAGUUAUGGAUAUUUAAGUUCUGGGCAACAAGAAGUUAGACUGUUGACGUUCCUGCAAUCAGUGUCUGGUUUGAAGAAAGUCUUUCUGCAGGAUUCAGGUCUGACUGAACCAUUUACCUCGGAAAUCAUGUCCCUCAUUCAGGCUUGUCCCAGUUUGAAUGAACUCAGUAUAAAUGCCAGAGAUCAUUUCAUGUUGGAGGAAGUCCAGUCAAAGAAGACGUCAUUGGAGAAGAUGGGUUGGACUCUGACUGUCUUGGGGAAUUUAGCAUUGUUUAAGCCAUACAUGGAAAGAUUCACAGAGGAGAAGCUGAAGACAAAGCAGGAAAAGAGUGAGAGUGGAAUGGGAGAGAGUUCAGAUUCUGUGUUAAAAGCUGAAUCAUCAACAUACUCAUUUUUAGAAGAUGUAGAAGUGUUCACACCAGAAUUGAGCGGUGAUGAAGAUAAACUCAAGAAUACAUACAGGUUUGUGUGUCCACAUGCUGGUCGGUUUCGUUGCAGUCUGACCAGUCUUGUGUUUGUGAUGGAGGGUGAAGGAGAGGUGCUGUAUAGCGUUGUCUCAUGGGACCCUGGUCUAUUACAUAGUUUGGGUCAGAUGCGACCUGCAGGACCCUUGUACAACAUUGACUGUUCUGCAAAAUCAGUCUUACGACUGCACCUUCCUCACUGUGUGAUAUUCUCUGAGGAAAAUAAGGACGGUUUGGCUGUAGCACAUUUCACUGGUGGUAAUAUAGAAAUAAUACAGCCACUCAAAGUGACAGAAACUCAUGUGAUCAUUGACAUCAGAGAACUCAGCCGUUUUGGGCUCAUCUGGAUUAAAACAAUACUUGGCUUCCCCAUUGAUGGCCAGGUUUUGCUCUUUCUUCGACCAGUAACUGUUGAACAGGAACAGAAAAUACUUAAUGUCCACUUGCUUCCAGGGAAUGUUCCAGUAACAGAGGUCCAGCGUUUGCACCACAAUAAAUCAUACAUGGAGACAACUUCAAAAUGUCGCCUUUUUACUGACAGAGAAUACAGUCUGUGUUGUCAGCCAGAGGACUGUGAAGUGCAACCAAUGAGUGAGAUGUUUCAGCUUGACAAUUUUGGUCCAAGCUAUCAUCCCACAUUUGAAGUGUUUCUGGAUGUCAACAUCAAGGAGGUCAGAUUGGCGGUUUUGGACAAAACUGAAGAUGGGAAGGAAGUGUGGCCCAGACGGCGAAUCCCUCUUACAGCACCAAGUAAAGGUGUAGACCCUCCUGCACACAGAAGGAUCCCAGAAACUGAAUUUGUGAACACACAUGGAGAUAAACUCACUCAGAGAGCUUCAUCAGUGAUGGCGAUUGCUGACAGUUUGAAGAGCAAAAACAUCAUUACUCCUGAAAUGUGGAGUAAGAUCCAUGUUGCAGAACCACAACAGGAGAAAAUGAGACUCUUGUUGAAUACUCUUGAGUCUAAAGGAGAUAAUGCAAAAGUAGAAUUCUGCAGACUGCUGCAGGAGAACGAAUCUGAUCUAGUAAAUGAACUGGGGCCUUAUUUAUAAAAUGUGCAUAUGCAUAUGGUAAAAUCCACACUCAGAAUUAUAAAAACGGUCUUUGAUGUGGAAAAGUGCUUACUGCCAUGUCAGGUUCCAAACAGACGUACACAUUGUUGCAGAGUUGGAGUACUGCAAGUAUUUGGAAAUCUAAGGAAUUCUUUCCACUGCUCAAAUAAAGGAUUUGGAUGUUGACUGGUGCUCUUCUAUAUGUUAAUUACAUUAAUUAGGUGGCGUUUACAAGGUGGAGAUCUGAAACCAUUCAGCUGUUCACAAUUUCAAGAUUUAUAGAUUUCACAUCUGGUUUGAUUUCACAUCAAUGGUUUCACCAUUAAUCUACUGUACUUGUCUGUAGCGAGAGAUCCAGAUGUUUCUGUUUUCCUAAUUGAGGUGUUACUGGCAUUAACUCCUGCUGUUCAUGUUCUCCAGCAUGAUCCAAAGAAUAUCUUGAGCAAAAACAUCUGACGGGCUGUACAAAUUUGUAAUAUUCCUUCAUUUGUGUAAUAACCUUUAAUAAGUUGUAAUUUUCUGUUUUCAAAAUGUUAUAAUGUAUACCCGGAUUUAAAUUAGAUUGUAAUCCCCAUAUUCUAUUUUUGGUCCCCACUGUAUAUAUGCUUGUCGAUUGUGUAAAUGUAUUUUUUUAUAUGAGGUAUGUACUGUAUGAUGUUGUUACUGUAUGAUAAUGAGUCACAAUGAAAGAUGUUUUUAUUUUAUAAUACUGUGGAAAAAUAACCACAUACAAUUAAAAAAGAACCAUAGUAAAAGUUGCUGUGGGGAAAAAGCACAUGGGUCAUAUUUGUCUUUUGUAUUUUACAUUUUAACAGAUGAUUAAAACAAAGAUAAAAUAAAGUUACCCAUAAACAAUAUGAAGUACAGGUCUUUUUUUUUAACAGGACCAUGAGGAAAUGGAUCUCAAGAGUCACACUGAAACAUGCUCUCACAUUCACACAAUAUAAACACAGUAUUGCACAUUCACUCCCUCAUCUUUCUGUCUCUGAUAUGUGAAUUUGAUUCGUCAAAUUCAUUGUCCUCUCGUCAUAAAGGUACCAAAUAAGUCUCAGUCAUUAAGAGAUCUAACAUGGAUAUUUAAUGAAAACCCAUUUUGUGCAAACUUUAACAGAGUGGCUCCUUUAACCAGUUCACUGUAAAAAUUCUACUUUAUUUCAAAUAGUGACAAACCUGAUUAAGGCUGCUAAUUUGUUGAACCAAAAUGUAUUGAUCAUUGCAUAUUUUGAAUGUUCAAACUUUUAGUAUAGGCCAAAGGUCAUGUAAAUUUCAGCAGAUUAAACCUAAAUCAAACCAGAUUUAAACUCAAGAGCAGAAACAUUUUCUGCACAAAUUGAGCUUUUCUGCAGAGCAGAAAGGUUUUGAGCUCAUAAUAAAAGCCCUUCUUUAUUUUGCAUAAAAAUACUUUACUGAAACCCAGGACUUGAAUUAAUAAAUCGCUUCCAUUUAAGUAUUAUUUUAAACUUUGCUCUUGUGAUCCGAUUCAACAUCCCUUUACAGAAUUUAGAAACGUGUACAAAUCAUAAACAAAAAAUAUUUUAAAACAAUUUUCUCCUUUACAUUGCUUAUACCAAAAACCAUUCCAUCUCUGAUCCCUUACCACCAUCUUAGAAAAAUACUAUAAAAGCGCUUUCAAAUGCAAUUUAGUUCAGAUACAAAUAUGGAAAAGCACUCUACUCUACUUUGCAAAUGUGAAGGACAAAUACAUGGACACUUCAGAGAAAGAGAUUGAUCACAUUCAGUUAUUUCCUCCACAUCAGCAAACACACACUCUCACACACACAUAGAAACACAAAGCGUCAAAUACUCAUGAGGUUUUCUUGGAAGGAGGCAGAGCGUGUGUUCAGAGAAGAGUCCGUAAGCUCACUUUGACACU